AUGGCGAGCUCUGGGCACUCGGGCCCCACGCUGCUGCUUGUGACAGGACUGCUUAGUGUAGGCAUGGCCGCUAUUGGCUACUACUACCUCCAGAAGAACAGCAAGAAGCCUUGUGCGCUUACUAUUGAUAGCAGCCACGUGGGCGUACACAACGACCAGAAGACACCGACUGCGACCACUAUGACGGAGGACAAGAAGAGCGCUAGUAUCACAUUGUCAGUGGUAGAGACUCAAGUGAGUGGUGCGGGGGCCUCGGCCGCAAGUGCCAGCAGUACAACAAACAAGACGAUCGCGGCUUCUGUGCAUGAGAAGAUUGAGAAGCCUGUGGCUUUUGAAAUGCCCGUGAGUCGAAAGAAAGCACCGGAGAGUGUACCGACGACGAUGGAAAAGGUUGUUGAACCUUUGUUGGAGAGGGUAGUUUCUCCCAUUGUUCCACAAGUCAUUAAGGAGGUUGCGUCUAGUAGUCCAGUAAAGACUCCGAAGAGCAGCCCAAAGAUGACCGCUAGGAAUUCAAAGGAAGAGGUAAAGGUUCCGGAUCAUGUGCUUUCCAAGCCGUUCAACGUUUGUCCAAAAGAUACCCUCGAGACUCCUGAAAAGGUCGUUGAAAGUCCUAAGAAGACUACUGAGAGCGCUGCAAUAGUUGAUAAGGAGAUCAAGGCAAGGACCAUCGAACAGAAAUCGCGUCAGAGUAUUGCGCUGGAACAGGAGGAGUACGUUCAAGUAGAGUUAACGCGGUCGAUGACGCUUUUGAAGAGUACCUCAGAGGUCAUUAAGAAUGAAGAUGCCUUGGUGAAAACGAAUGAAGUUUUUCAGACUUCUGCUGCCACGGAGCUCACAACUAGUACUGUCGAGGAGGAGCAGGCGGAGGAACAGGAGCAGGCGGAGGAACAGGAGCAGGCGGGGGAACAGGAGCAGGCGGGGGGAACAGGAGCAGGCGGAGGAGCAGACGGAGGUGCAGGAGCAAGAUCAGAGGAAGGGGGCAGGAUCGAGAGCGGACGGAGGGGCAGGAGCAGACGGAGGAGCAGGAGCAGACGGGGGGAGCAGAAGCAGACAGUGGAGCAGGAGCAGACAGUGGAGCAGAAGCAGACAGUGGAGCAGAAGCAGACGGAGGAGCAGGAGCAGAAACAGACGGGUCAUACUCAAUUAUCUUACGAACCCAUCAAAGCAGCAAGUGCUGAGCCCGAUAUUCACGUAACUGUAGCAACCGAGACGUUGGCUUUACACAAUACCUCUGAUACAACCCCAGAGUCAUGGGAAGAGAUCACAUCGAGUCCAGAACAAAAGGCUGUACGUGCUGACGAAUCGACAACUUUGUUGUCUCUAGACGCUGUAGCAGAAAGCAGAACCGAGUCCAUGGAGUCUCUAUCGAUCAAUGUUCCGGCUGAAAACACCGAGGUUACUCACGAAGACACGAGUGCAAGUUCCCCUUUAGUAAGCGGUAAUUCGACACCCGGCAAGCGCAGCCGCCAUCGGUCAAAAAAGUCCAAGAGCAAAAAGAAGAAAGGCAAGAAGCAUUAG